AUGAGGCAUCUGGAUCCAUCCUCCUCCUCUGGAGCUGCAGCGCCCAUCAGCGGUUCCCCGUCCUGUGGACUGAGCUCCACCUGCGAGCCGGCCGGGGUGCGUGUGGACCGCGUGAUGCUGUAUGAAGGUCUGCGGGAGGUCGAGAUCAUCGAGGACUGUCACUGCGAAGCCAAAAUGAGCUGGUGUGUCCGAGUGCCAUCUCUGAAAACAUACCACUCUGAGACUCCGUACGAAAGCGUCAUAGAUGCAGGCAAAUGUGUCGGGUCGAAAGGGGCACCAGAGGGAUUUUCAUGCGUACCGACUAAGUUUGAUUCCACCCUGAUUGAAACUCCAAACAAAGUGGAGCUGAUCCAAACGGUGGCCCAGUGCAAACUAAUGGAGGGAUGCUACCGAAUCCCGUAUGUAGAGUAUCAUUACGAGAUCACGUACAACGAUGACGGAGUCAAAGUAGAAAGUCUGAGGGAAAUAGAUGUUGGCAGAUGUUUGGGAAGCUGCACCUCAGGGAGCCGCUGUCUUCUCAGGAGCGCGUCUGAUCUCGGUGAAUGUCUGCUGUGGGCUGAAGGACAGGGCAACGCUUGUGUUCCUCAAGACUACGAGAGCCACACUUUCCUCAGUCAACAUGGCCAAAUCCGCACUGUUCUGGCCAUCACUUCCUGUCUAUGCCAGUCUUAAACACGGCGUCCUCUACUGGACGACAUCAGCAACUACAGUGGGAACAUGAUGAAGUUUCCCUCAUGGAUCAUUUUCACGGCUGUAAUGUCAGGUUUGGGGAUGUGCAUUAAUGGACGGCAAUUUAAAGGAAUGAUGCAAUGAUG